CGACAAACGUGAUGGCCGCUGACGAGCAGCUGCGGGAGGAGAACCAAUCCCUCCGGCAGCAGGUGCAGCGGCAGGCCGCCAAACUCCAGCGGUAUGAGCGUGUCAUCGCCCAGCAGGCCGCUACCAUCACGAGCUACCGUGAGGCCUUCCAGCACCUGCAGACGGCACGGGCCAUCCAGCGAAGCGGCCAGAGAGCCAUCGCACCGCCGCCGUCCGAUGCGCAGCCGGCUCUCGCUCUCAGCAAUGGGCCGCCCAAUCCCCGCCCUCACCCCUCGCCAAACGUGACGGCUCAGGAACAACAGCAGGAUGGCAAUGGCGGCAAUGACGACAUAUCGCCUGACGGCGUGGCUGCGGCAGCUGUGUGUUCGAAGAGGCACAAGACAUCCGACUCUCAGAAGCGCGAGGUCCACUCUGCCCAGCCGCGAGACGACUAUGUUGAUGCUCCUGGCAGCGGUGAUCGAAAUGGCGAGCCGGCAGAGAGGGCGGACCAGCCGGAUCAGAGCGGCGAUGGUGCUUCUGGCUGCGGCAAUGGGAUGAUCAACAGUCUGUCGCAGCCCAUUGUCAUUGACGAAUCGCAGGAGGCCGCUGAGAAGCCAGAGGAGGGAGGGGGAGGGUCCAGUGGGGGCGGCGAUAAGGAUAAGGACCAUGGGCGUGAAGAGAGCAUGAUGGCCGGUGGAGGGAAGCGGCCCGAUGAGGAGAUGCACGCGACUCCCCCCGAAGGGACCCCUCCAGACGCCGCGCAGCCGAUGGCCGUCGACCGCCACACACCCACACCAGCCACCCCCCAGGACGGCCAUGACGGUCCCAUCCCCCCUCCAGCGUUCAACAUCAAUCGCAGCUCCCAUGAUCACCGUCGCGACGGGCGGCACCUCAUCCUGUCGCCCCGGCGCAGCAACAGCCGCUACCGAUACGGCCGGGCACCCGCACUCCUCCCAGACCCGGGCGAGCCCACAGACGGCAGACGCAAGCGCAAGGUCAUCUACCUCAACCAGCACGGGUCUCUGCGCCAGUCCCCAUCCCCUGCUCGUGCUGCAGCGCUGCCUGAUGCCGAUCGGGGGGAGGAGGAAGGUGAGGGCCACAGUGGUGGUGAUGGUGCCGGUGGUAGGAGUGGGAGUGGGAGUGGGGAUGGGGCGGUUGGGGGUGGUGGAGAGGCGGCGGGGGGUGACGGUGUAGGGGGGAGGUUGCACGUGACCAAGCUGGCUAAUGGCGGAAUUCAGAUUCGAGCAAGGGGUACAGACAGACAAAGCCGGCAAUUGAUCCAUCCAUCCAUCCAUCCCAUGCGCUGUAUGGUAUGUCCUUCCCUUCCUGCAGGUCGUGAUGCAUUGGCGGGUCUGGCGGCCAAGAGGGCCAAUGCUCCCAACUAUCGUGCUGUGGUGAGUGAGUAGGCCAGGCCGCCAGAGCAAACAAGCCAUCCACCAUGCAGACAGACAGACAGCAUGAACUGUGCUGUCUUGUGUCGUGUGUCUGUGGGGUGUCAGGUUCGUAAUCGCGAGGAGCGUGCGGACAACAUGGAGGGCUACGAGUGCUCGCAGUGUGCGGGCUUCUACCGGGCGCUCGGCAUGGACCCGCCCGCCGAUGUCGUCUGCAACCAUUCUCACCAUCACCAGCAGCAGCAGCAGGGCAGCGGGGGCAGCGGCGCCUCCGACCGAGCGGCUUCUCGUGCUGCCAGGGCGGCCAACAUGCUGAUGCCGCUGCCCGUCCCCGCAGGCCGGGGGCAGCAAAUCGCACAGGCUAUCGUCAAGAAGACAUCCAAACACAGGUACGUACGUGGGUGGGCAGGUUGGUGCAUUCGACCACAGAUGGUUGGGAGAUGGUGUGGGUGUGUCAUGUUGGUGUGUACGUGUCAGGUUCUACCGUCCCCCGGCAGCCACGCCCGAGGGCUUUUGGGCCAUUGACUUCCCGCCCACACCGCCCGAGAGCCCUGCCAGCCAGUGAAUGAGCGGGACGCCUGUGUGUGUGUUG